GUUUGUGGGUGUCACCAAACGGGUAGUGCAGCUGACACACGAGAGGGCAAGGCAGUCAUCCACAAGGACCUGGAUGGGAUGGAAUUCGGCAAGGACACAGACAAAGUCCUACCCCUUGGGUGGACCAACCCCUGGCAGGGCACAGGCUGGGGACUGCUUGGCAGGGGAGCAGCUCUGCAGGAUCUGGCAAAUCCAUCUGUGCUGCCGAUUUCGUAUCUCGACAUCCAUCUGCCUGAAGUUGCAGUGGUUGUUGUGAGGCUGACGCUUUUUCAGACAGAACAGCUGACUCAGUGCCUCUUCCCUCAGUCCCUCCUGAAAGGCAUUAAAAGAUACAGAAGAAAUUGCUGCUUGGACUUUGUAGAGCAACAAGCUACGUUCUCGAGACGUUUCACUCUGGGUGAAAUGCCUACACUUCCUUCCCAGGAGAAGCCAGAUACGAACUCAUGCCCUCAUGCACCUGGCAAGUAUUUUCUCCCUGGUGGGACGGACAAUGGGAACUGCAAGGCUAAUGAGAAGGAAAGGGAGUGGAUCCGCCCUGAUACACCUAGUAAAUGCACAUGGAAGCUUGGGAAACCCCUCUCUGCCUCCCCCCAUCGUCAUACCACUCUGCCAGAGCCUCUGAAAAUCAUGCCAAGCAUCCUGAAUAAAGUUGGCAAUACACCCAUGGUGCGAAUCAACAAGAUUGGGAAGCAGUAUGGGCUCAAGUGUGAACUCUUGGCAAAAUGUGAGUUUUUCAAUGCUGGGGGUAGUGUGAAGGACCGCAUCAGCCUAAGGAUGGUAGAGGAUGCUGAGAAGGCUGGGAUCCUGAAGCCUGGGGACACAAUCAUAGAGCCAACCUCUGGAAACACAGGAAUUGGGCUGGCCUUGGCUGCAGCAGUGAAGGGUUACCGCUGUAUUAUUGUGAUGCCAGAGAAAAUGAGUAUGGAGAAGGUGGAUGUCCUGAGAGCUCUGGGUGCUGAGAUUGUGAGGACCCCAACUACUGCCAGAUUUGAUUCUCCUGAAUCUCACGUGGGAGUAGCAUGGAGACUGAAAAAUGAAAUCCCCAAUGCACACAUACUAGACCAGUACCGUAAUGCCAGCAACCCCCUGACGCACUAUGACACCACAGCUGAAGAGAUCCUGCAGCAGUGUGAAGGAAAAAUAGACAUGCUGGUGGCUGCAGCUGGCACAGGAGGUACUAUCACUGGCAUCUCCAGAAAGCUAAAGGAGAAGUGUCCAGGUUGCAAAAUUAUAGGUGUUGAUCCUGAAGGCUCCAUCCUUGCUACACCAGAAGAACUGAAUGAGACUGACAAGACAAUGUAUGAAGUGGAAGGAAUCGGAUAUGAUUUUGUCCCCACAGUGUUGGAUAGAUCUACAGUGGACCAGUGGUACAAGAGCAAUGAUGAGGAGUCGUUUGCUUUAGCACGCAUGCUGAUUCGAGAGGAAGGACUGCUGUGUGGUGGCAGCUCAGGCAGUGCCAUGUCUGUAGCUCUGAAGGCAGCCAAAGAGCUGAAGGAAGGUCAGCGCUGUGUUGUUAUCCUCCCUGACUCUAUCAGGAACUACAUGUCCAAGUUCUUGAGUGACAAAUGGAUGAUUCAGAAAGGGUUCAUGAAAGAUGAUGACCUUGUCAAAAAACCUUGGUGGUGGAACAUCAGUGUUCAGGAGCUAAGCCUCUCUGCUCCCCUGACUGUGCUUCCAACUGUUACUUGUGCAAAGACUGUUGAAAUUCUCCGGGAGAAGGGAUUCGACCAGGUACCAGUUGUUGAUGAAUCUGGGGUGAUUUUGGGCAUGGUUACCCUGGGUAACAUGCUUUCUUCACUACUUGCUGGAAAAGUUCAGCCUUCUGAUGAAGUCAGCAAAGUAAUCUACAAGCAAUUUAAACAGAUUAACCUGAAAGACAACUUGGGGAAACUCUCUCAUAUUCUAGAAAUAGACCACUUCGCUCUAGUGGUUCAUGAACAAAUUCAAUAUCACACUGAUGGUUCCUCCAGUAAGCGGCAAAUGGUGUUUGGCAUCGUUACAGCCAUUGACCUGCUUAACUUUGUGACGGUGCGAGAACGGGAAAGGAAGUCCAGCUAAAGUCAAGUAGCAAUGUGGAGCCUCUUCAACAACAUUUUGCAAUCUCCAACAAAGAAUCAGGUUUAUUUCUUAGGUAGAAUGGUCUGUUCUUAGGGUGUUGGUUUUUUUUAAAUUCUGAAAAUAAGCAGUUAGCUAUCCUGGUGUCAGCUAUACAACCAGUGCAUUUUGCUGUAUUGCACAGCUUCUGGGGACUUGUUUCAUAAUCAGGUUACAGGAUAUUUCUUAUCAAGACAAUUUAUUUUUUUACCUAUAUAUAUGUAAAAAUAUUGCCUAAAUUAACUGGUAUGUUCCUUACUUGUUAUGUCUAAAGUCUGGCUUUACAAAACAUUGUUUCGGAUUCAUAAAAUGUGUUGAAAUAAAGAGUUACAUAAGCAGAGGCCCAAGAGAGCUCUGGAAAGUUUUGGAAUUUUUUUUUGUGCAGGGGUGUUAAGUUAGGUAAUACCUGUGUGGAGACAAAAAUGGGACUGGGGCAUGGGGAGAAGAAAGGGGGAUUUCCCUUUGGUGACAUCAAUAUAAAGCAAGAGGAAAUCCUGAGAGCUGGAGUUGAGGCUUGUUUCAACCAGCUGCUCUGAGGAAAAACUGACUUGAGUGGAAGCCUGACAGUGAAGUGACAAACGUGAACGAGUGGCUUUGUUCUACGUGGUGCGCUGGCUUUCACUGCAAAGACAGACCUUUCUUUUCUUCCAAUUUUACCCUGUUAAGUAAGCACAAGUGAAAAGAUUAAAAGGCAAGAUCAAGCUUCUUGCCUGAAGGUUUUUGAAAAUCACACUGUUUCAUCUAGUACCUUCCCCUUACCUCCCCACCCUCUUAUUUAUCUUAAAGUGCUUCUUCUUAUGCCUGUUUUAGAAGAGCCAAAGGUAAUCUGUCAAGAGCUGUAAACUCUUUCAAGUCCUGCUCAAGUGCUCCUACACUGUGUAGCACCUUAUUCUAGGACAGAAACACUACUACUAAUUGAAUUCACUGUAGCCAAGCUUGGAAGUAACUGGCAAACAUGGUGUGGACUGGUAAUGUCAAGAGUACACAAGAGUAACAUGCAGUAGGUCUGUGCAGCUACAACUUUUCACCACUUCCGUAACUCUGGCUUCAGUAAUGUUUGACUUGCGUAGCCAUGGCACAGUUUGGCACUAGCAGUCCUGUCCGUAUGCUGCUAUGCUCAGGCUACUGAUUGCUAUUAGUGGUAAUGAUAAGUGAAAUCACACUGUGGUUACAGGAGAAAAGUAGCUGGUUUUCUUCUUCAUAAAGACUGCUCUAAUCCUCUUCUGACUGGUCUUUUGCCAAGAAUAAAGUUUUUGAUCAGCAAGAGUGGCACUUUUCUUAGUUUGUGUCUCUUUGCACUGAAGUAGAAGAAUACUAUUUAGGCUGGGGUUAUUGCUGGUAGGAUAGCAAAGUUUUGGGGUUUGUUUUUUCUUUAAA